AGGGGAAAGCUCCGAUGCUUUCUCCACAAGGACGUGGUGCACGGGAAGAUGACUUGUUCACGGAAGAGAAGAUGGCGUUGAUCCCUAAUUCGCUAAAAUGGAUGAUUCAUGAAUUCCUAAGGCUCAAAGAUAAACUUGAUAUAAUCACAAUUCCUGUCCCCCGAGGAUUCAUUGCACCGCGUACCCAGAUCACGUUAUCUGGAGAGGAUUUGCAGCAGGUUGCUACGUGUGACUACAUCGGCAACCAGGGAAUGCUGUUUGGAAUGAUGCACAUAUGGGAGAGCAUCAACGGUCUGAGAAAAAUUUUCAAGUUUUAUGACCCACAGCUUCUCACAGUGCAUGGGAUCAACGAUGAAGAACAGAGUCAGUCUUUUGACGAUGCGGCAAGACGAUUGGCUAAUUGGUUAUCAUUAAUGAACAACAACCACCAAAUGUUCUUUAUUCCUUGGAAUAUCGGGAUGCAUUGGACGCUAGUGGUGGUUACGCCAAGGAAAAUUAUCCAUUUAAACCCUAUAAGUGGCCGCCCAAUUCCCGAAGUAAUAGAACAAAUGAUCGGAAGGUAAUAAUUUAAUGACUUCUUAUGUAACGAAUUUAAAUUAACUAACGAAUUGAAAUGCUAAUAUAAUUUUCCCAAACAGGGCAUUCAUGUAUAUAGGGAACGCACAUGACUAUCUUGGCCCAUGGCAAGGAAUUAACCAAGCAAACUGUCCAAGACAACCUAAAAGCCAAGAAUGCUGUUUUUAUGUUUUGAAAUAUAUCACUGACAUCGUCGCACGUG